UUGGCUUUCCAUUUUAAGGGCAAAAGUCCUUUUUUGAAGGGCAAAAGUCAGGAUUUCCUGACUUACUUUUGUCAAAAGGACUUUUGGAAAAGUCAGCAAUAAGUUAAGCCAAACAUGCCUUCAAUUAAAAAAAAGUUAUGGGUCCGCCACUGGACGCUCACUGUAGAGGGAAGGAAGAGUAGAGGCAGAGGCAGGCUGAAGAUGACUUGGGAUGAGCGGAUUAGACAGGAUUUGCACCUAUGAGGACAUCUUCGAGGAUAGAACUUAAUGUAGGAUUAAGGUUAAGGACUUUUAGGAGAUUGGCUUGGUUUUGUUUUAGGUUUUCACCAUUUCCCAUUGUCAUAGUGUUACUAAGAAAUACUUUUUAUUUAUGUGUAUUUUUAUUAUCUUUUAUUUUUACCCUUUUUUGUAGUUGUGUGCCUGCAUAUGUUUUCUGUAAUCUUAUGUCUUGGUUAUGGUUUUUGGAGCUGGGUCUCACUAGAAGCAACCUCUCUAUCCCCUGUGAUAGAGGUAAGGCUUGCGCACAUCCCACCCUCCUCAGACCCUAUCAAUAGCUUGGCUAUAGGUGGGAUUAUACCGGGCCGGAGUGAAAUGGCCUCCAAAUCUACAUGCCCGGCCCCUAUGAAGGCUACAUCAGAAGGUGUGUUCCAAGGAAACAACCCUCUUGAUUAUGCACUCCCUCUCGUGAUUGUACAAAUAUGUUUAGUUCUCGUUCUCACCCGUGUUCUUGCCUACCUUCUGAAACCGUUAAGACAGCCUCGAGUCAUUGCUGAAAUCAUUGGUGGAAUUUUACUGGGUCCUUCAGCUCUAGGCCGAAACACGAACUACCUUCAUGCGGUUUUUCCUAAAAGUAGCCUGCCGGUUUUGGACACGUUAGCCAACCUCGGGCUUCUGUUCUUUCUCUUCCUGGUGGGUCUGGAGCUCGACUUAAAGUCCCUUAGACGGACCGGGAAGAAAGCUCUAUGUGUGGCCAUGGCUGGAAUCUCCCUUCCGUUCAUCUUAGGAAUCGGUGUUUCCUUUGUUCUCCGAGGAACCGUCUCCAAAGGAGUCAACCAAGGCCCAUUUAUCGUGUUCAUGGGUGUGGCAAUGUCCAUCACUGCUUUCCCUGUACUAGCCCGUAUCCUAGCGGAACUCAAACUCCUGACCACGGAUGUCGGUAAGCUGGCCAUGUCAGCAGCCGCCGUUAAUGACAUGGCAGCUUGGAUCCUACUCGCCCUAGCCGUUGCGCUCUCGGGCACCGGACGGUCUCCACUCGUGGCUCUAUGGGUUUUUUUGUGUGGUUCGGCUUUCAUCGUUCUAUGUUCGUUUGUCAUCCCGCCAGUUUUUAAAUGGAUGGCUCGUAGGUGCCCAGAAGGUGAGCCCGUGGAUGAGGUUUACGUGUGUGGCACUUUAGGGGUGGUUUUGGCAGCGGGUUUCGUGACUGAUGCUAUCGGGAUUCAUGCGCUUUUUGGCGCUUUUGUGGUGGGUGUUCUCAUCCCGAAAGAAGGCGCUUUUGCAGGGGCGUUAGUAGAAAAAGUUGAGGAUCUUGUAUCGGGACUCUUCCUACCGCUUUACUUUGUGUCAAGUGGUUUAAAAACCAAUGUGGCAUCGAUCAAAGGGGCUGAAUCUUGGGGUUUACUUGUUUUGGUCAUAUGCGCCGCUUGUUUCGGUAAGAUAGCUGGCACGGUCGGGGUUUCUUUGUUGUGUAAAAUACCUUUCACGGAGGCUCUUGCACUUGGGCUCCUGAUGAACACUAAAGGUUUGGUUGAACUCAUCGUUCUCAACAUCGGAAAAGACCGCGGGGUGCUAAACGAUCAAACUUUUGCGAUAUUGGUUUUAAUGGCUCUUGUGACGACAUUUAUCACAACACCUUCAGUGAUUGCUGUGUAUAAGCCAGCGAAAAAGCUUGCAAAAUCAGAAUACAAACACAGAACGAUUUACAGGAAGGAUUUUUCAACGAGCCCCUUCCGUAUGUUCUUCACUUUCCAUGGAAUCAGAAACCUGCCAACAAUUAUCAAUCUGAUUGAAGCCUCACGUGGGACCGGAAAGAACGAGACACUCACGGUUCAUGCGAUGCACCUCAUGGAGCUCACCGAGAGGUCUUCAGCUAUACUCAUGGCUCACAAGACUAGGAAAAAUGGGUCCCCAUUUUGGAAGAAAGGACCUAAGGCCAAUUCUGACCAGAUCUUGGUGGCUUUCGAGACGUUUCAGCAGCUUAGCAAAGUCUCGAUCCGGCCCACAACUGCCAUUUCUGCUGUAUCCAGCAUGCAUGAAGAUAUCUGUAACGGGGCUGAGAGUAAGAAGGCAGCUAUGAUUGUCCUUCCGUUUCAUAAGCACCUGCGGCUCGAUGGUCAUCUCGAGGUGGCCCGAGCUGAAUAUAGGCAUGUUAACAGAAAGGUUUUAGAGCAUGCACCAUGUUCGGUUAGUAUCUUAGUGGACCGUGGAUUUGGUGGGAGUUCGCAUGUUUCCGCGAGUAAUGUGGACUCACUCGUGACAGUUUUGUUCUUUGGUGGUCAUGAUGACCACGAGGCUUUAGCUUAUGGAGCGCGUAUGGCUGAACACCCGGGGAUCAAUCUAGUGGUGGUCCGGUUCCUUUUGGACCGUGAUGUAGCCAGCUCAAGUUCAGUUAGUGUCGAGAUUGAGGAACCUGACAGCGUCAAAACUAUGUCAACGGAUGAUGAGGUGAUUGCUGAAUUUAAGGAGCAGAUAUUGAAGGACAGCAGAAACAAAUACAUGGAGAGAAUGGUUAAGAAUGGGGACGAGGUAAUGGAGGCUGUUCGUGAACAUGGCCGGUGCAACCUGGUUUUGGUCGGGAGGAUGCCGGAAGGUGAGCUGGUUGCAUCAAUGAGGAAAAGAAGUGAGUGUCCGGAGAUGGGGCCCGUCGGGAACCUUUUGAUCGCACCGGAGGUCGACAUACGGGCGUCAGUGUUGGUUGUCCAACAAUACCGCACGAAUCUUUCAGUGUAUUCCCUGGCUUCUUUGAAAGAAGAUGAAGUCACCACUGACCUAGGGGAAUCUGAUUCCAGUUAACCGGGGUUUUCUUCCGCCCUCUAGCAGUAUCAUGCAUCAAAAUUUGAUGUUCAAAGUCACUGGGUUUUCUGUAUCUUUUUGUUUAGUUAGAAACGGAGGAUUAGAGGGUGCUACAAGAAAAAACAAAGAGGUGUGACACAAGUCCUAGGUAUAUAUGUUAUAACACUUGAAUUUACUCCUAGGUAUAUAUGUUAUAACUACUCCCCACAGUUAAUUUUACUGGUUUUGAAUCAAGACCUAUUGGUUUAUCUUGUUA